AAAAAUACUGAAUUAUCAAAUGGCAAAACACUAUAUGGAAGAAAUGCGAGAGGCAGCCAUAGGCUACUACAACAACUUAAAGCCGGAGCUUCAACGUCAAGCUCACAGGUUUUUCCGGUCGAUGGACCGGAACGGCGAUGGCCGGGUAAACUACAACGAGUUCAUUUAUUUCCUGAACCAGAGGGGGUAUCACUGGGUUCAUCCCAACAUGUUUUUGGAACUCGACAAAAAUCGAGACGGCGCACUGGAUUUCUACGAAGUUCUGACAUUCUAUUACAUCGUCAAGACUAGGAAUGUUUGGUGUCAGAAUUGCAGGUUGUGGCUCAAAGGUCUGUACUUCACGUGCGUCACUUGCUUUGAUGAUUCUGCUCGGGGCGGCGCCGGCGGUACUUGCGAUCUCUGCGUGCGGUGCUAUCAGCAGCGAGCGGUGCAUCGCUACCAUAGCCACCAUGACAUUUUCGUCGACAACUACACGCUGCUCCACUGUAAAAGAUCGUCUUCUCAUCAUGCGCCUGCUGCUAAUGUCAAUCUCCAGGUAAUUAAUGCACAACCAGAACAAGAAGAAGCUUCAUCUCGGAGGGUCAACGAGCGUAUUGGGUGGAUAGAGACUUUUCAAGCACUGGAUGUUGGGAUCACUCUGGCUUUCCUUGCAACCACAGUUGGUUGCAGCAUUAUGUGAUGCCUUUGAUCCAUAUGAUGUUAUAAAAAACAAUGGAAGAUUGAGUUACA